AUGUGUCUCAUCUUCACGUGCGGCGAGCACACCUUCCGCAAGGAGGUCGAGGGAUACCAGGGCGUGCUCUGCCAGUGUCACAACUGCGGCAAUUGGAGUGGGCGCGUCAUCAAGUCGCAUCCGUGGUUCACAUUCUGCUUCGUGCCCGUCCUGCCGCUGUCCUUCCACGGCUACGAGGAGAUUACCUGCCACAUCUGCAACUUCGCCCAGGCGCUCGAGAACAGACCCGACGUCCAGCAGAUGAAGGGCGGUGGGGGCCAGGGGAUUCCUAUGAAUAACCAAGGGCCGCAGCAAGGCUGGGGACCACAAGGUCAAGGCGGUGGACCAGGCGGGCCGCCGCAAGGACAGCAGCUCAUGAGGUACGGAUAA